CCCAAUAUGGCGUCACCAAAGUGGGAGUGUGUCAGGCAAGUUCAGGCAGAAGGUCGCCUGUCAACGCCAUUUCACACGGGACUGUUUUUGUGAACAUGAAUGUGAAAUAUCCAGUAAACUGUUGCUGAAGCCAGAAGCAGAGCGCUCUCGACAGGAAAGGUGCAUUAAUGUGCCCUGAGCUCCACCACCAGUGUUGCCAACACCUGUAUCGAAGUACUGCGGCGAGAUUCAAAACUUUGGCACCACCCCUGAUUUGAAGCCGGGUUUGGAUCCCAAAGCAGAAAAUGACACGUGAGAGUGAAAAUACAUCCCAGCCAAAAAGGAAACAGAUCUAUAGUCUGGUGACGUCACUUCCAUUGUGCUGGAGUUCAUGGCCGCACUACAGACACUAUGCAGACGCUUUUCUGGAUGUUGAAAAAUAUUUUAAAGACAAGUUAAAGGAAUGGCAAUAUCGAAGAAUGGCCUGAUCAUCACUCUCCUUCUGGCGACACUAGGUAUCCUGAAAACAGGGAACAUCACCAAAGUCCGUUCAGAAGAAGAACACGUCAAGAGGGUGAAAAGGGCUGCGCAGCUUGAAUUCUAUGAGUAUGACGUCUCCAUAGAGCUGAAUGUGACCAGUCUCCAGGCAGUAGACUUACUUCGCAGCCUGCUGGCCAACAACAGCUUAGUGAUUGCUGUGACUCCCUCUGCGGAGGUGACGAGCAUUUCCAUCACCACAGUUUGCUCCUCCGACGAGAGCAACUUCCAGUGCAGAUGCGAGGAGGACUUCUUUUGGUCGGUGGACCGCUGUGAGACAUACGGAUCCUGCGAUGAGAUCGUCAAUGACACCUGCACUUGUAUCAACCGUAUUCCCUCCGAUGGCCAAUAUUGCCUGGCUCGGACAGGCACACCACUGAUUACCGGCAGUACCAUGGAAGCACCGAUAUCAACCACAGGUAAGAAUACAGACACAACACUGCUUACCAGCAGUACAAGUCAAUCACCAAUAUCAACCACAACACAACCUCCAUUUGGUUAUGAGUACACCGUGUCUAUUGAGCUGAAUACAACAGAUGCGAGUGUAGUAUACCUACUGAGGAACAUUCUGUGGUCCACAAGCUACCCCAUUAUGAUCAACAGCUUCAGUGAAAUCUCUGCAAUCAGCAUGACUACAGUUUGCUCUCCAAGCCCUGAUGGUUUUGAAUGCAUAUGUGAGGAUCAGCAUCGUUGGUCAUGUGACCAGUGUUUCUUCUAUGGAUCAUGUGACUACAUCACAGAUGACACGUGUGGAUGCAUCAAUGCCAUUCCCAUUGAUGGACAAUAUUGUCAAUCUGCUUAUCACCAUGAUUUUACACCGUGUCCCGUUACAACACCUCAUCCAUUUGUUCAUGAAUACAUCAUCUCUAUGGAGCUGAACACCACAGAUAUGAAUGUGGUAAACCUACUGAGGAACAUCCUGAGAAACACCAGUUACCCCAUCGGCAUUAACAGCUACUCACAAAUCUUGGACAUCAACAUGACUACAGUUUGCAAUCCAAGCCCUAAUGGUUAUGAUUGCAUAUGUGAGGAUCAGCAUCGUUGGUCAUGUGACCAGUGUUUAUUCUAUGGAUCAUGUGACUACAUCACAGAUGACACGUGUGGAUGCAUCAAUGCCAUUCCCAUGGAUGGACAAUAUUGUCAAUCUGUUUAUCACCAUGAUUUUGCGCCAUGUCCCGUUACAACACCUCCUCCAUUUGUUCAUGAAUACAUCAUAUCUAUUGAGCUGAACACCACAGAUAUGAAUGUGGUAAACCUACUGAGGAACAUCCUGAGAAACACCAGUUACCCCAUCGGCAUUAACAGCUACUCACAAAUCUUGGACAUCAACAUGACUACAGUUUGCAAUCCAAGCCCUAAUGGUUUUGAUUGCAUAUGUGAGGAUCAGCAUCGUUGGUCAUGUGACCAGUGUUUCUUCUAUGGAUCAUGUGACUACAUCACAGAUAACAUGUGUGGAUGCAUCAAUGCCAUCCCCCAUGAUGGACAAUAUUGUCAAUCGGUUUAUCACCAUGAUUUUACGCCGUGUCCCGUUACAACACCUCCUCCAUUUGUUCAUGAAUACAUCAUCUCUAUUGAGCUGAACACCACAGAUAUGAAUGUGGUAAACCUACUGAGGAAAAUCCUGAGAAACACCAGUUACCCCAUCGGCAUUAACAGCUACUCACAAAUCUUGGACAUCAACAUGACUACAGUUUGCUCUCCAAGCCCUAAUGGUUAUGAUUGCAUAUGUGAGGAUCAGCAUCGUUGGUCAUGUGACCAGUGUUUCUUUUAUGGAUCAUGUGACGCCAUCACAGAUGACACGUGUGGAUGCAUCAAUGCCAUUCCCAUUGAUGGACAAUAUUGUCAAUCUGCUUAUCACCAUGAUUUUACACCAUGUCCCGUUACAACACCUCAUCCAUUUGUUCAUGAAUACAUCAUCUCUAUUGAGCUGAACACCACAGAUAUGAAUGUGGUAAACCUACUGAGGAACAUCCUGAGAAACACCAGUUACCCCAUCGGCAUUAACAGCUACUCACAAAUCUUGGACAUCAACAUGACUACAGUUUGCAAUCCAAGCCCUAAUGGUUUUGAUUGCAUAUGUGAGGAUCAGCAUCGUUGGUCAUGUGACCAGUGUUUCUUCUAUGGAUCAUGUGAAGGCAUCACAGAUGACACGUGUGGAUGCAUCAAUGCCAUUCCCAUUGAUGGGCAAUAUUGCCAAUCUGUUUAUCACCAUGAUUUUACACCGUGUCCCGUUACAACACCUCCUCCAUUUGUUCAUGAAUACAUCAUCUCUAUUGAGCUGAACACCACAGAUAUGAAUGUGGUAAACCUACUGAGGAACAUCCUGAGAAACACCAGUUACCCCAUCGGCAUUAACAGCUACUCACAAAUCUUGGACAUCAACAUGACUACAGUUUGCAAUCCAAGCCCUAAUGGUUUUGAUUGCAUAUGUGAGGAUCAGCAUCGUUGGUCAUGUGACCAGUGUUUCUUCUAUGGAUCAUGUGACUACAUCACAGAUGAUACGUGUGGAUGCAUCAAUGCCAUUCCCAUUGAUGGACAAUAUUGUCAAUCUGCUUAUCACCAUGAUUUUACACCAUGUCCCGUUACAACACCUCCUCCAUUUGUUCAUGAAUACAUCAUCUCUAUUGAGUUGAACACCACAGAUAUGAAUGUGGUAAACCUACUGAGGAACAUCUUGAGAAACACCAGUUACCCCAUCGGCAUUAACAGCUACUCACAAAUCUUGGACAUCAACAUGACUACAGUUUGCUCUCCAAGCCCUAAUGGUUAUGAUUGCAUAUGUGAGGAUCAGCAUCGUUGGUCAUGUGACCAGUGUUUCUUCUAUGGAUCAUGUGACUACAUCACAGAUGAUACGUGUGGAUGCAUCAAUGCCAUUCCCAUUGAUGGACAAUAUUGUCAAUCUGUUUAUCACCAUGAUUUUACACCAUGUCCCGUUACAACACCUCCUCCAUUUGUUCAUGAAUACAUCAUCUCUAUUGAGCUGAACACCACAGAUAUGAAUGUGGUAAACCUACUGAGGAACAUCCUGAGAAACACCAGUUACCCCAUCGGCAUUAACAGCUACUCACAAAUCUUGGACAUCAACAUGACUACAGUUUGCUCUCCAAGCCCUAAUGGUUUUGAUUGCAUAUGUGAGGAUCAGCAUCGUUGGUCAUGUGACCAGUGUUUCUUCUAUGGAUCAUGUGACUACAUCACAGAUGACACGUGUGGAUGCAUCAAUGCCAUUCCCAUUGAUGGACAAUAUUGUCAAUCUGUUUAUCACCAUGAUUUUGCGCCGUGUCCCGUUACAACACCUCCUCCAUUUGUUCAUGAAUACAUCAUCUCUAUUGAGCUGAACACCACAGAUAUGAAUGUGGUAAACCUACUGAGGAACAUCCUGAGAAAUACCAGUUACCCCAUCGGCAUCAACAGCUACUCACAAAUCUUGGACAUCAACAUGACUACAGUUUGCUCUCCAAGCCUUAAUGGUUAUGAUUGCAUAUGUGAGGAUCAGCAUCGUUGGUCAUGUGACCAGUGUUUCUUCUAUGGAUCAUGUGACUACAUCACAGAUGACACGUGUGGAUGCAUCAAUGCCAUUCCCAUUGAUGGACAACAUUGUCAAUCUGUUUAUCACCAUGAUUUUACACCGUGUCCCGUUACAACACCUCCUCCAUUUGUUCAUGAAUACAUCAUCUCUAUUGAGCUGAACACCACAGAUAUGAAUGUGGUAAACCUACUGAGGAACAUCCUGAGAAACACCAGUUACCCCAUCGGCAUUAACAGCUACUCACAAAUCUUGGACAUCAACAUGACUACAGUUUGUAAUCCAAGCCCUAAUGGUUUUGAUUGCAUAUGUGAGGAUCAGCAUCGUUGGUCAUGUGACCAGUGUUUCUUCUAUGGAUCAUGUGAAGGCAUCACAGAUGACACGUGUGGAUGCAUCAAUGCCAUUCCAAUUGAUGGACAAUAUUGUCAAUCUGCUUAUCACCAUGAUUUUGCGCCGUGUCCCGUUACAACACCUCCUCCAUUUGUUCAUGAAUACAUCAUCUCUAUUGAGCUGAACACCACAGAUAUGAAUGUGGUAAACCUACUGAGGAACAUCCUGAGAAACACCAGUUACCCCAUCGGCAUUAACAGCUACUCACAAAUCUUGGACAUCAACAUGACUACAGUUUGCAAUCCAAGCCCUAAUGGUUUUGAUUGCAUAUGUGAGGAUCAGCAUCGUUGGUCAUGUGACCAGUGUUUCUUCUAUGGAUCAUGUGACUACAUCACAGAUAACACGUGCGGAUGCAUCAAUGCCAUCCCCCAUGAUGGACAAUAUUGUCAAUCGGUUUAUCACCAUGAUUUUACGCCGUGUCCCGUUACAACACCUCCUCCAUCUGUUCAUGAAUACAUCAUCUCUAUUGAGCUGAACACCACAGAUAUGAAUGUGGUAAACCUACUGAGGAACAUCCUGAGAAACACCAGUUACCCCAUCGGCAUUAACAGCUACUCACAAAUCUUGGACAUCAACAUGACUACGGUUUGCAGUCCAAAGAGCGAUGAACAUCAGUGCAUAUGUGAGGACCAGUAUCGUUGGGCGUGUGACCAGUGUUUCUUGUACGAAUUCUGUGACAGCAUAAUGGAUGACACAUGUGGAUGCAUCAAAGCCAUUCCUCUUGAUGGGCGAUAUUGUCAGUCCGUUGAGCAACACAACACUGCUGUUUGCCCCACCACCAGCACCGUUUCUACAUAUACAACACCUGCCAGCACGACAAUAAACACAACAGUAACCCCAACACCGAACACAACACUUUCUACGACGCCUCCAGUUACAAACACUACAACAACUCCAGAACCGACGACAGUAACAAACGGUACAACAACUCCAGAACCGACGACAGUAACAAACGGUACGACAACUCCAGAACCGACGACAGCAACAAACGGUACGACAACUCCAGAACCGACGACAGUAACAAACGGUACAACAACUCCAGAACCGACGACAGUAACAAACGGUACAACAACUCCAGAACCGACGACAGUAAUGAACAGUACGACAACUCCACCAACAAUAUUCGAUUUCGACAUGUCCAUCAGAUUUGAUAAAGAGUACACUGAAGAAUUGGGGGAUUCAACAAGCACUGCUUACAAAGACUUCGAAGCUCAGAUCAUUCCCGUGUUAAGAGAGCAGUAUGGAGAAAUAACAGGAUUCCAGAACGUUGCUGUGAAGACUUUUAGGCCAGGAAGUGUCAUUGCAGACUUUGUUGUGCGAGCGACUCAACUUAAACCUGACGAACUCGCUGUGGUAAAUCAAAGACUCCCUGAAGCAAUGCAGGAAAUCGCCCCUGUCAAUGGCCCUGUUACUGCAAGCUACAAUAGCCGGAAUCUAAUCGCAUCUCCGGCAGUGACGUAUACUGGAAGGUCCAUGACACUGAGAUGUGGCGCUCCUCCAGCUAACAUCGACCUGGGAGAGAUCACAGAGUCUAAGUGGAAAUUAAAAGGACAGGAGAUUAAAAGUGGCGGAAGAAUUCAAAUAACUACAUUUGCUCGACAUUCUGAGCUGACGAUUGGGAACGUGAUUUUAGCUGAUGCAGGUUCUUACGAAUGUAAUCUGAUGAGCAGCGUUCUGAAUUUUGUACAAAAGGGACAACCCAACAUCAUCCAAGCUCCAAAUAUACGACUACCGAGCCAACUCAAUGUUAAAUGUACGGAUGGACUAACGGUGCCUAUACAGUGCUGUGUGCAGUCCGACUAUGUUGUCAGGUGGUUUCUGGACACCACUGUUUUGACUUCGGAGACCAGUCUUGACGGAGAAAGCUUCUGCGUCACGCACAGAUACAAUGUAAAUGACUGCAGCGAUUUCCAAACACUAACGUUAGGUUUUAUAUGCCGAGUCGAUGAACCAGUUGGGUUUGAAGACAGGACAACAAUGAUCAUUUUCAAUGACAAUGUUUUAUGUACCGAUUCUCUCUACGGAAGUGGACGACUGGACGACGUGUCAACAAUAGCGUGCGAUGCUGGUCAAGAGGGGAGCCGCACUGCAAUAUGUAGGGAUACAGGAGAAUGGAGUCUUUUGGAAGACAAUUGCAUUGUUACAGAAAUCAAGGACUUGCUACUUGUUUCAGAGGAUUUACUUGAAGAGGAUGUGCCACAAUUUGCUGCAAACCUGAGUGAAGUUGUCCAGGAAGAAAAAGAAGACAUUGUGAAUUCAUCCGCAACCAUAUCAGCCAUCGUCGAUAUCCUGAGCACCAUUGCAAACAUUUCCAAUGAAGUGAAUAAAGCGGUCAUGGAGAAUGUCCUGGAGGCGGUUGAUGUCAUCAUCGGUGACGACGCAAGACAGUCCUGGGAAAUUCUUCGAGAAAAUGUCACCCGCAACGCUAGCUCAGAGUUGCUGGGUUCGAUGGAGACUCUCUCUGACGUCUUGGUAGGAGAGUUCACAAUCAGGACUGCGUUGAUUCUGCUCAACAGAACAUCGUUCAACGACUCCUUCGUGGCAGAACUCAACUCCAGCGUUGUCAUCGAUAUUCCGGACACCAACAGCGAGAAUGUCUCCAUCACCACUAUUAUCUUCUCCACGCUUAAUAAUGUCCUGCCACCACGGAAUUCCAGCUUUAACAACAGCGAUCCCGGAACCAACGCAUCUGUGUCCUCGAACGACACAAUCAACGCCGCGGUGGCGCUAGUCAGGGUAAACACAGAGAUCCGAAAUAUUACUCUGAGUUUCCAAAAACUAAACGACUCCCUGACUGAGAGCCCGCAGUGCGUCUUCUGGAAUUUUACACGUUUCGAUAACUUGGGCGCCUGGGACGAUGAUGGCUGCGUAUUAGUUUCGGAUAUCAACGACACAGUGACUUGUAACUGUGACCACCUGACUUCGUUCUCCAUUCUCAUGGCCAUCGAUAUCCCCGAGUCGAUUCGGGUUGCGUUGGACGUGAUCACCUACGUCGGAGUCGGAAUAUCUCUGGCGAGUCUCGUCAUCUGUCUCAUCAUCGAGGGAUACGUUUGGAAAGCUGUGACCAGAAACAGCACGGCGUUCAUGCGCCAUGUUUCCAUCGUGAACACCGCCCUGUCUUUGCUGAUCGCCGACAUUUGCUUCAUUAUCGCCGCCUCUUACGCCAAGAACCCGCUUGAAAACCCGGACGAGGACCACAAGGUCCCGAUAGGACCAUGUAGCGCCGCUACUUUUUUCAUGCACUUUUUCUACCUGGCUUUAUUCUUCUGGAUGCUUGUGUCGGGACUUCUACUCCUGUACCGCACCGUCAUGGUCUUCUCCCAUAUGUCCAAGUCCGCCAUGUUAGCAAUUGGCUUCAUGUUAGGCUACGUGUGUCCUCUGAUCAUAGCGGUCGUCACCGUCGCUGUCACCGCCCCGCAAGAUGGAUACAUCAGGGAGAAUGACGCAUGUUGGCUGAACUGGUUGAAGACCAAAGCCCUGCUGGCCUUAGUGAUACCGGCUCUGACCAUAGUCCUUAUAAACAUUUUGAUCAUAAUCGUGGUCUUGUUCAAAAUGCUGAAAAGAGGCGUGAGAGAGGCGAACCCGACCGAUGAAAAGCACACGCUGGUUGUCGUUGCCAGAUGUGUGAUCAUUUUGACUCCAUUGUUCGGACUGACGUGGUCUUUGGGAGUUGGAACCAUGGUAUCGUCCACAAAUGAGGCCAUCCAUAUUGCAUUUGCCUUCUUCAAUUCACUACAGGGAUUCUUCAUUUUAGUGUUUGGGACACUCUGGGAUUCAAAGAUCCAAGCCAUCCUUUCCAGGAAGCAUCCCUCAACAAGCACCGGCUCCAGCUCCAAUCAAACUGCGAGUACAAGCGGUGGCACUUCUUCCAGUGGACCAAAAUGGUUUUACAGACUGCGUGGAAAAAGAAAUGUCUACCGUGUGUCAAACACGGCAAACUCAAGCAGCUCUCAGUCCUUCUCCAAUACCUGAAUCAAAUCAAUUAUUACUCAUAUUGCACUUAAAUACUCCAUUUAGUCCAACUCUGAUCUUGAAACUUUUGACAAAGUCCCAAAGAUCUACAUCAGGGGUGUCCAAAGUGAGGCGCUAGCUCUGUUUACGGCCUGCAGUUUGUUUUCUAUUGGCCCUUCAAAAAAAAAACACACAAUAUGUGACACAAAGUUGAAUUGUUGACAUUAAUACCAAUAUUAAUAACAUAUUAUAAUGUUUAUUAGUGUAUCAAUGUUGUUCUGUUGAACCUGGUGGGUCAGUGCUGUAACAGCCACAAGUGAAACUACUUCAUUUUGCUAAUGCUUAGCAUAUACCGGGUAAAUGACAAACGAUGCACUUUUCGAUGUGGUUGAUAUUGAACGGCGAAUGAUUUGUGUGUGUGAAUGGUUGUUUGUCUAUAUGCGCCCUGUGAUUGGCUGGCCACCAGUCCAAGGGCGUGCCCCGCCUCUCGCCCGAAGGACGGCUGGAAUAGGCUCCCCCUGAUUUAUAAUAUUUAUAUGUAUUUUUUUGUUUGUUUGUUUGAUAUAAAGAAUGUAAUUCACUAACAAGUAAAACUUAAAAUAUAGUUUUUUAUGUGACAUGCCUUUUGUAACGCUGAUGAAUCAUGGAGGACAUUUUUUGAACGCCUCAUUUUUGGCAAAGCAUGGAUUUGAUGCACAACCGAGAAGGAACAAUACAAUGGAGUCUUUCAUUAAAUGUGAUAUUUUAUGUAAUAAAUCAUUGUUUUUUAUUUGUUUUUUUGUUUUUUAUAUUGUA